GUUAUAAACAGCAACUAAGAGUAUGAGAUACCCAGUUGAGCUCCAGCGCCUUGAUCCCUCAGGAAACACACUGGGGCUGCACAACUAUGCACUGCAUUGUAUAAAGACACAGAGCCGACCAUGGGACAGUCGCAGCAAACAGAGAAGAGCGAAGAGGAGAUUGACGUCAAAGCACUUCAGGACAUGUACAAAAAGUUUGUCCAGGAGUGCCCAAGUGGAGUGCUUUUCCUUCACGAGUUCAAGCGUUUUUUCGGCGUCGAUCCGACAGGGGAGGUAUCGGAAUACGCGGAGUCCAUGUUUCGAGCUUUCGACAAAAACGGGGACAACACCAUCGAUUUCCUGGAGUUUGUGGCAGCGCUGAAUCUGGUUUUCCGGGGAGACUUGGAGCACAAACUGCGCUGGUCGUUUAAGGUGUACGACAAAGACGGCAACGGCUACGUGGACAGGGACGAGCUGCGGUCAAUAAUUGAUAGCAUCUACCGAAUAAAGAAAGGCACAAAGGGCGAAAUGGGCGAAACACAGCUUACGGUAGAUGAGGUCGUUGAUCGAAUAUUACAGGCCGUAGACGCCGAUGGAGACGGUCAUAUCACCAUGGAUGAGUUCAUUAGAGGGGCUCAGGAGGACCCCUGGGUGCUGAACAUGUUAAAACUGGACAUGAACCCGUAUGGGUGGGUGCUGGAGCAGCGGAGGAAGAGCGCACACUUCUGACACGACCACCCGCAAAAAUCACUUUGGCCUUUCCUCGCCGACAAAGGGAAAACACUCAAGGGCACGAACCAGACGUGACACUGUACCUGCAAGACGUUUAUGUGCACUUCAUCCUGAAGCCGGGCUUCAUUGUGGAGAAACGGUCAGCACAAUAGAGCCUGAAUAAGUGAGCAGCAAGACUGAAUAGAGGCACUUCAGUCAGGGUGGAGUGAAUCCUUUUGGCUUUCAGCAAAGGCAGCUUUGCACUUUGGAGCUCAGCACUUACUGCAAAAAAAGGGCAAAAGGUUAAGUCAAAAAAAAAAAAAAAAAAACAACUAAAAUGAUGUUUUUGCUGGAAAUGCAUAGGCCAUUUGCUUGAAUUUUAAUCCGAUACAUGUAUUUUGCAGCGCUGGUUUGCUCAAUUCACUGCCUUCUCUUCAUAAAGUGUCAAUAUGUAAAUGAAGAAUGUAUCAAAUAAUAGUUUUUUUUUCUGCUUUCACUUAUUAAUUUUUUUUUUUUUUUGCUCUGCAUUAUGUUUAAGUAUAAUAAAACAUAAAUAAAUACAGCUAAAUCUUGACAUUUAUGAUAUACAACACAGAGUCAUAAUCCAUAUUGAAGUGGACCAUCUGGAGUUAAAGCAAAUGCCUUAAAAUAAUAUUGUUUUUGUACCUGAUUGCUACAGAAAUGUCCAUGUAGCUUAGGUGUCAUUCACAGCAGCUGUAAAUGAUUAUUAGAGGUGCUCACAUCUUAUUUCUCAAAUAUGGACAUGGUGCAAUUAUAGAUUUUCAUCGAUUUCUACUGAUUCCAAUAUAUGAAACCCAUGUGGGACAGAGAGGCUCCACUCC